AUGGCACAGACAGCACGAGGCCUGUCCUCGAUCCGUCAGAAGUUACCCACAGACGUCGUGAUACUAUCCUCACUACGAACACCAGUGACGCGAGCAUACAAAGGCGGCUUCCGCUCAGCCUACGAUCAUGAACUACUAUCACACGUCCUCAAAGCCACGCUAGCAGCAAAUCCGAACCUCCAUCCCUCACUGAUAGACGACGUAGCUGUCGGCGUCGUACUGGCCGAGCUAGGAGGAAGCAAAGCUGCCCGAAUGGCCCAGCUGCACGCUGGGUUCUCAGAUAGAACAGCUCUGCACACAAUCAACCGUGCCUGCAGCUCCGGCCUCGCAGCUGUCACCUCGAUCGGCAACAUGAUCGCCUCAGGCCAGAUCUCCGUGGGCGUGGGUGCUGGCAUGGAAUCCAUGACACGAAACUAUGGCAGUCGUGCCAUUCCAGAAAAUCUUUGGGAAGAGCUUCGGAUGUCCCCUCGGCAAGAUGCACAAGACUGCAUCAUGCCCAUGGGACUGACCUCAGAAAACGUUGCGAAACGAUACAACGUCAGUCGAGCAGAUCAAGAUGCCUUUGCGGCUGAGUCGCACAAGCGUGCCUCACACGCCCAGAAGACUGGCCUGUUCGACGGUGAGAUUGUGCCAGUCUCCGUCUUACAAUCGAACCUAGAGAACCCGGAGGCACCUCCGACUGAGAAGAUCACCGUGAGCCAAGACGACGGCAUCCGGCAUGACAUCUCUGUCGAAAAGAUGGCCAAGCUGAAGCCCGCGUUCGCGAAGGAUGGGUCGUCCACGGCCGGGAAUAGCAGUCAAGUGAGCGACGGUGCUGCUGCCACGCUGCUCAUCAGACGAUCCACCGCCAAUGAAUUGGGGCUGUCUAGCUCUAUCAUCGGUAAAUGGGUUGCGACUCAAACUGUAGGGUGCAAGCCCGAUGAGAUGGGAAUAGGGCCCGCAGUCGCAAUUCCAAAAUUGCUCGAGUUCACGGGCACGAAGACGGAUGAUGUGAGCGUAUGGGAAAUCAACGAAGCUUUUGCCAGUCAAGCUCUGUACUCGAUAAGAAAGCUGGGUUUGGAGAACGAGAUGGACAAGGUGAAUCCAAGGGGUGGCGGUAUCGCGCUGGGUCAUCCGUUGGGCAUGACGGGCGUAAGGCAGCUGGCGACGCUGAUGCCGCAGCUGAGUGAAGGAGAGGUUGGUGUCGUGAGCAUGUGCAUAGGCACAGGCAUGGGUAUGGCAGGCAUGUUUGUCCGGGAGUAA